CGCCGUGGCGACGGGGCCGGUCCCGGGGAGGCGGUGAUGGGUUGACAGGUGCGUGACAGUCGGGAGCUUCUCCGCAGGCAUGUACGGCAAAGGCAAGAGCAACAGCAGCGUCCCGUCCGACAGCCAGGCCAGGGAGAAAUUAGCACUGUACGUAUAUGAAUAUCUGCUCCAUGUAGGAGCACAGAAAUCCGCCCAGACGUUUUUGUCAGAGAUAAGAUGGGAAAAAAACAUCACACUGGGGGAGCCCCCAGGAUUCUUGCAUUCUUGGUGGUGUGUAUUUUGGGAUCUCUACUGUGCAGCUCCAGAAAGACGAGAAACAUGUGAACACUCAAGUGAAGCAAAAGCCUUCCAUGACUAUAGUGCUGCAGCAGCUCCCAGUCCAGUGCUAGGAAACAUUCCCCCAGGAGAUGGCAUGCCAGUAGGUCCUGUACCACCGGGGUUUUUUCAGCCUUUCAUGUCCCCUCGGUACCCUGGAGGUCCAAGGCCACCUUUAAGAAUACCCAAUCAGGCCCUGGGAGGUGUCCCUGGAAGUCAACCACUCCUGCCCAGCGGGAUGGACCCCACACGGCAGCAGGGACAUCCAAACAUGGGAGGGCCGAUGCAGAGGAUGACUCCUCCGAGGGGAAUGGUGCCAUUAGGACCACAGAACUAUGGAGGUGCCAUGAGACCCCCACUCAACGCUUUAGGUGGCCCGGGGAUGCCUGGGAUGAACAUGGGUCCUGGGGGUGGCAGACCAUGGCCAAACCCAACCAAUGCUAAUUCUAUACCUUAUUCUUCAGCAUCUCCUGGGAACUAUGUAGGUCCCCCAGGAGGUGGAGGGCCACCAGGAACACCCAUCAUGCCUAGUCCUGCAGAUUCAACCAACUCUGGAGACAACAUGUACACUUUAAUGAAUGCUGUACCUCCUGGACCCAACAGACCUAAUUUUCCCCUGGGACCAGGGUCAGAUGGGCCGAUGAGUGGACUGGGUGGAAUGGAUUCACAUCAUAUGAAUGGAUCAUUAGGCUCAGGAGACAUGGACAGUAUUUCCAAAAACUCUCCCAGUAAUAUGAGCAUGAGCAACCAGCCUGGCACUCCCAGAGAUGACAGUGAGAUGGGUGGAAACUUCCUAAACCCUUUCCAGAGUGAGAGCUACUCCCCUAGCAUGACAAUGAGUGUGUGACCCGCUCACCAGUGUCACCACGAAGACCACAGUGAGUUGGCCCUCUCCAGAGAGCUACUGCAGAAGAAAAUUGCUCGUCCCAGUGUACAGUUUAACUAAAGGAUCUCAGACACAAUCAGACCCACCUGGUUUGUUUUUCUUUUCCUACCAUCUCCCCCAUUUUGUCAAGGAAGUGGGUCCCAUGCUUGAGACAACUGUAAAGAGUGCUGUGACAGACCUGUCCGAGGUGGAACUGCAAGACUGUCUGUGUGUGACAUGUGUGGGUCAAUGUCGUGUGUGUGUGUGUGACACAGAAACACACAUGCACAUCCAGACACCCACAGGACAUUGUAAAAUAGUAUCACAUCACAUCUUAAGUAGAAAUGAGAAGUAGGGACUUCUAUUCCAUUUUUUUUUUCACGUUUACAUUUUAAUUAUUAAAAUUUGCUUUCCUUGUCCCCUCUUGAACUGUUCUACAUUGCAUAUAUCACUGCUUUAUAAGUUAUUUUUUAAGUUGAACUCAAAUGAUAAAUUCUUUUGAUUUUGUUAAUGUCUGCCAUUAUGGAUAGGAAUAAAAUUGCUUAUAAGAGCUUUCAUUAACUUGUGUUUGAUACCAGCUACCCUGUGAAUCACAAAUUGUACUGUCUCAAGAAAUAGAAGAAAGCUCAUCUUAAUUUUUUUGAGAAAUUUGAUAACUUUCACAUAGUUUGGGGAUUUUUUUUUAAUACUUUGCCUUUAAAAAGAAAAGAAGCACUGAAGGUUAUUUUUCUUCUUUAAUUGAAGCCUAAUAUCUGCAAUAUCUAUUUUAAAUGGAAGCCUGAAUUUGAUACAAGCUUCUCAGUUUAUAUAGAGUACUAUAAGGUUACUGUAAGUGAGCUCCAAUUGCUUUAGAAUCUAGCAAUAAAGAACAGGGCUUCCCCCUGCCCUUGGAAAUGAGUUUUCUAUUUAGCAUGGUCUUCUGUAGGGGUGGUAGUUAGUGGAAAUACAGUAGAGUCCUUAUCACCAAAACCCUUUCUAACAACUUACAAUUAUGUUUCCCGUUUUCAGUGAUUCUCAAAUGCAUAGUAACAGUUCAUGGUCCUAAUUAUAAACAGUGUUUCACAAGCCCAUUCUGUGAAUCAGGUCACCAUGCUGCUGCUUGGGUGUGUGUUUUCUACCAUGUCUGCCAGAAUUAAUUCCCCCAAAACUUUCCAGUCAGCAGCCUUUUUUGACCCAAAAUGUUGCAGUACAAAAGGUCUUACCUUUUGCCAUGAACAGAAGAGGAACAAAGCUCUGGGCCAUUUUAAGAGUGGAACAGCCUGUUAGGUGUGAAAGCUGGAAACAGAAGGGAGAAAAGGUCCUAAAAGAAAUGCUUCUGGAAGCCGUCCCAUAUCUCCUGAGGCAGAGCUCUGAAACCAAGAUUAUGGUACAUUUAUUUAGUUCCUAGUGAUUCACAGCUCCCCCAAGAAAACAGAGGUUUUCAGUUUGUAGUGAUCAACAGGCUGAUGAUCAGCAAUGUGGGCACAAAGUGGCUCAGCAGAAAUUCAGGCCACAGACAAAAAGCAGAUUUCCCUCCUUGGACUUACAGGUAGAAGAGCCACUUAGAGAGCAAGAGCAGUUCUGGGGUGUGGUAUGUCCAUGUGCAAGGGGAUUUUUUUCAUGAAUUGUGAUAAAGGAGCAUAUGGGAUGGGCUUGUUGUGAUGGCAGCUGCACAUACUGGGAUGUGUAAGGAAUACUACAAUCUCCUAACUCAUUUUUAUUUCCAUUUAUUAUAUGUGUAUAUCAUAUAUGGAAAUAAAAAAGAUUUAACAUUUCACUCUCUUGUUAGGGCUAUUCAUGCUCAGAGGCUUAAAAUUAUGUUAAAGUAUCAAAGAUUUUGGUAGCAUUACCUUUUAGUAAUAAGAACUACUUUGAUUAUAUUAUAUGGUUUUGUAGACUGUAUUCCCAGUGAUUAUGAAGGUCACAUUCAUCUGUUUCUGUUUGGAUAACACUUUGUUGCUGUCUCCAGAGAUGGAGACACUAUUGACUUGAGUUACAAACACAAAAUCAGGUGUUAAUUUCCUCAGACCCUUUGCUGUUGUCACUCACACCACUGGUGUGUUCCCACAGUCCAGGUGUCCUUGCAGCCUGUAUUGACGCCUGUAUUAUCUAUGGUAGCCUUCCAGGAAGGACCUGGGGACUCUUUUCUGCCCAGUUCCAGUCAGGUGAUGUCACUGGCUCCUGGACUGAGGUAGAUGGGGGCUGUGAAUCAAGUGUCAAAGCCUGUUCGCACCCCAGGUUAAGUGUCCUGUUGGGCACUUUUGCAGGAUAGAAGUCUGGCUACCAAAGCUGUCAAGGAAGACCCUUAAAUGGAAUCGCCAACAUAUACUGGAUAUUGCUAUCAAUAUCCUCAUUUUAAUAUAUGAGUAAAAUGUCCUUUCAGACACCUGAUUUACUUGGGGUGUCCAACGUUUCUCAUACCCACAUAGCCCCACUGACAGCAGCUGAUUUUUUUUUUUUGUAAUAUGCACUGGGCUUUUUGCUUCUUCAUUUUUCUUUCUUUUGCUUACAAAUCCUUGUAGGAUUUUCAUCAUACCUUGAGUAUCAGUGUGGAAAGAAAGACUAUUCCCAAGCACUGAGUUUUUGUUUCUUACACUCCAGAUAUCAGGAGCAAUGUAACUGCUGUUUGUUCUUAUGCAACAGCAUUAUUGAUAAUGUCAGAACUUGUCCAACUCUGGGAGCAAUUUUAUUUUAGUGCAGGAUAGGUUUUUUCCUCUGGGCUUUUAGAUAGAUUUUGCUCUUUAAUAUAGAAAUAGAUAAUGGUGAAUCUUUAAAUGGGUCUUUCAGACAAGGUUAAAGUAAGUCUUUUUAAAAACAGAAGUGAUUAAAUCUUGGAGUAGCAAAAAUAGGGAGUAGGACAUCUUUCAUACUGUGAGAACUCUGGCAAGUAUUCUAGCCUUGUAGAAAUCAGCUGAAAUUGGAAUUCACUUCUGAACUUCACAGUGAAACCAGUAUUUAACGUGCUGCAUAAAGCUAUGAAAAUGAGUAUUCUUACCCAGAUUUAUCUGCACAUCACCCAGAUUUUAUCACCGUGUCCAAGCUCAGGCAAGAACAGGGCUUGGGGCAAGGAAGAAGCUGUCUGAAUCACAGGUAAAGCACAUGGCCUGACAUGUGGAUCAACAAAAUACCCAGGUAUUUGCAUGUAUGCAUUGAGUUAUUAAUCGCCUGAGCGAGAGGAAGACCUGCAGUUGCACUCCAAAAAAAGUGCCAUUUUUUAGUUCAUUGCAGAGCCCUAGUAAGUUCAGUGUUGAACUUUUUAUUCCUUUUUUCCCCCCUUACCAGUCAAAAUGACUUUUCAGCUGAUACAUGUUACACCUAAUUUCUAUUUUUCGUAUCAGUUAAUUAUUUUUGAGCGUUUCCUCCUGUUCCUGGUCAGCCCUGAUUUGUUGUUAUGAUGGCUAAAUAUGGAUUGGAUUCUUCAAUAUUUGACCUACACAUUCGCAUUUCAAUAAUGUAAAUUAUAGCUUAAUGAUAUAAAAAGUACAGGUAAAUUUACUUUUCUUUAAUUCACUGUAAGUGAUGAUAUAACUGUGGCUCCUGUCCCGCUUGGACCUUAAGAAUGGGAAUCCUGACAAAGUACAGUUCUCAGAUAAACCCCCCAAAAUUAUUUCAAUAGUGACAUCUCACACUAAGGAUCUAAUUCAGGAUUUAAUGAUCCAAAACAACUAUAAAAAUUAAAAGACAGAUGACUUAGAUUUAGAUUUUACUCUAUGCAGCUCUCUCUACUUUCUAGUUAUUACUGGCACAGUCCUACAGGCUGCUGCUUGUGCCAGUUCUCCUGCUGAAACUUGGAUGAAACCACUCACAUAAGGACAUUUUUUGGGUAGGACUUCACCCUGAUCUGGGUCAAAUUUGUAACUUACCUAAGGUGUGACAUUAUUUGGUAGAUGUGUAAACUGCGUACUUAGAACAAAAUACAGAGGGUCCUUUGAAAUUACCAAAAUGAUGUUUCAACCUGAAAAAUAAGAAAAAAGUAUUUAAAAUACCGCUUUGAGCGCAUGCUUGCAUAUUGUCUAUAUAUUGGGAACAAAUUACCAAAUUUAGAGAUAAAAAUGGAUCAUCUUAUUCAGCACAUUAAAACUCUGGUCCUUCCAUUGAGUUGGCCUUGGUUUGAAAUUAAGCCUGCACAUUGUUGAUUUUAAACAGAUUUAAGAAUACAGGAAAUUUCCUUCAGGAAAUUAGGAAAGUAGGACCGUGCUUUUGAGCAUGGAUGGUCUUUCCUAAGCAGACAUUAUUUUAAAGUUAUCACCAGUGCAGGAGCAUUUAUGUAUCAAUAGUACUGACAUCCGGAGCAGAUUUGGCUUUCUUCUGUUUCUUACUUUAUUAGAGCUUUGUUCACUACUACAUUAACUAUUUUUGUGAAUUUGUCCUUCCACCUUGUUUUAAAUCGUGCAGCCAUAGUUACCCCAACACAGCCAACAGCUUUGCAGUUUUAGUCCACACUUCUGUUUGGUCGCUGUUCUUCAUUUAAGCUUGAAGUGUGUAAGAAAGCCUCUCAUGUAAUGGGAAAACUUGCCAUAAAAAUGUAUAAAGGUUUUCUUGGGUACAUGUUUUCACAUUUAAUAAAAACACAGUUUUUGGUUAUAAUUUGAAGUGGUCAGUUUCUAGCCACUAUUUAAUUUUUGUGUGCAGAAGAAAUUGAGAGAGAAAAAAAAUCACUUUUUGAGUUUUUGUUUUGCUUUGGUUUGAUUUUUUUUUUCGUAUUUGUUUGAAUUCAGUGUCAUAAAUGUUUGCUGAAAGAUGUGGUUUUUGGGAGAAAUCAGAUCAAAACCACAUUUGCUGCCUUGUUGUAAGUAGUACAGGUGGACUUGGUGUUGAAAGCUCCUGCCACAUCCCCAAAAGCAUAUCUCUUGAUUUCUGAUUUGUGUGGCUUUGUAUGAGCCUGAUUCACAAGCAGUGAUUUAAUUUGUCUGUCCAGUGCUUUCAGUGUGUCUCAUGGGAGGUCCAGGGUUCUGUGGUCUCAGGAGAGUGACCGAGUGGUCGAGCAAGCUUGUUCCCAGGGUCAGGGGGUUCAGGACCCGGGGAUAAUCCACCAGAAACAAGGUGUUUGUUCGCUACCUCGCUGUUCUCUUGAGAACUUGCACAACUCUUCUUGCCAGUAGGUUCUGGGGAUCCUUUAAGAUUUUACAUUGUUGAGACAAGAAGCUUCCUUUUGCUAAGAGAAAAUCCUGGCAGUUUUUAGCAACAGUUUUCGUACAGAAACAGCUCAAAACAUGGGGAUUUGGAAAGGUGAUGUGUUUUCUCAGUACCCUGAAUGUGCUAGGAAAUAGAUUGUACAAUUUAGGAGUUUGGGCUGUUACAGAGAUACUGAAAUCAUCAGUAAUUGCUUUUGAUGGGAAAAAUCACUGGCUGUGGAACAACUGCUCUGAUCCUUGAGGAGUCAAACUGUCAGCUGGGUGAACUGGAUGUUUUAGGCUUUUUUUCCUAUUGUUUAAUCUUCAUGUUUAUCCUCUCUCAUUUGGAUUUUCCCGUUAAAUGUACUGUGCCAGAUCUUUGCACAAAAAUAAGAGCAUUUUGCCGAAUAAACCUGCAGAAAGUUGUUCACAUCUGUAACUACAGCCCUGCUGUAGAGAGUUUAUUUCAUUACACAGACUUUUGAGCAUAAGAACAGAUAAGGAGUGGCAGUGCUAGCAUCCCACAGACUCCCAAAUUAGGUGAGAUGGCUCCUAACAAUGACAUAAAAUAGCUUGAAAUAAAAGCUGAUUCUUGUCAUGCAGAUUAGAGGAAAUAAAAUCCCAAAUACAGGAUGUAUUUAAUUAAGGUAGAAAUACACUAAAGUCAUCUCUAACAGGAGCACAGAGCACAUCCAACAACUUAGAGGGAAAGCAAAGCAGCAUUGCUAAAUUGUUGUCAAUAAACAUAACAUUCAAAAGCAGUUAUAAGCUAUUUUUCAUUUCCAUUUUUCAAGUCUAUUUUAAUUUUUCUGAUUAACUUGUAGUUUUGAUUUGAUUUGAAUUUACAUUAAUGGAUAAGGAAGAGAACACAAGUUCCUAAACUAGAGCUGGAAUUACAGACAUGAAAUAGUGGCUUGAGUAAAGCUGGAGCUUUCUGUUAGUUAAGAAUCAAGUAAAUUUUUUAAUUAUUCUUUUUCCAGGACAAAAAGCAUCCAAACAAUAAACAUUUUUAGCCUUGUUGUGGCUGUUUGAGAAGUGUGAAUCAAUGCUAUGCUUGGAGACCAGUUUUCAGGGGUUUUUUUUGUGGCAGGUAUCCCCGUGCAGUGCAUCUAUUUUGUGCAUGUUUGUCUAAAGCUACCAAAAAAAACCCACCUUUGUUUUUCCUGAACUUCUGUACACAGAUCUGGUUCUGGUGGGAAGAGGAGGAAGAUUUGGUAGCUGGUGGGUUAGCAUAUUUAUGUGAAUUACUUAAAGCAUUAGUAAACUAUUGUCAACUCUGUUCACAUUGCACAAGAUACUCUGUGUAGUCUACUGCUGGUAUUAUAACCUAGGUGAUCAGUGCAUAUUCUGUAAAUUCCUGUAGGUUUUGUGUAAGAAAUCUUGUCACCACUGCUUACUGCUGUAAAUUCUUGUUUUGAAGCAAGAGGUGGCAUUUGAUUGUACAGCCAUGUGUAUUAUAUACUACAACAGUCCUUGUUCUGUCCUCUAGACUCACUGUCCACAUAGAGUUGAAGCUCUGUUAAGCAUGCGUAAUGGUUUCAGAAUUUAUUUCAGACAGCAGAUCUAUAAGCCAUUUACAGGAAUAUUAAAUGUAAUGUAAGAGAAUCCAACCCAGUUCGUACCCUUUCUUGAGAGCUGGCGGUUGGAUUUUAGCAGGCAGCUGCAGGUCAGCAGGUUCUAUGGCAUCCCAGCUGCAGCUGCCUGCACACCUGGGAGGUGUCACACCUGGGCAGGUGUCCCCUGGCAAAGGGGUGCCCCAGGUACAGCGCCUGGGCAGGCUGCUGCCUUACAAAGACGUGUGAGCUAGUGUCUUUGUUUUUUCCCAAAAACUGCAUCAGUGCCAAGACUGAAACCCAUCUUUAAGGGCAUGCAGGAGGUGCGGUGCUGCCUCCCUAUUGUGUCCUCCUCCCCACCCACCACAGGCUCCACCUGAGGUGGUAUUUUAAGGAGAAUUUAACUCUCUGUCUGUUGAGAGAGAAAAAUAACCUGAAUUCUUGGACUAUGGAUUCUUUUUUAUAGUAUUUUAUGAUGUACAGCAAAGACCUGAAAAUGUCUGUUUGUUCUUUGCUGGUUUCUGACAUCAGAAAUUCAAGUCCUGUCUAGUCUGAAAGGCAAUGAUGGGAAAGGUGGAAAAGCUUGGAAAGUUGAAGGGGAUUCUUACUUGGAUUAUUUUAAAUGUUUUUAUUGAUAGCUUAAAUGACUAGGUUAAUAUCUUGAAUCAAGGCAGUCUUAAUGACUUUGCACCUUCACCAUUUCAUGUAAGACUUUGAGAACUUGCAAUAAAUGUUUCUCACACAGUCCAGUAUGUAGAUAAACUCCUUAUAUUUCUAAGAUCAAAAAAUAUUUCUACAGUUACUUCAGCCCUUUACAGAGAACAACAGGGCAAUCCCAAUCCCAUAAUCCCAAGUAUUUGUAGGUGUAUUUUAGACAAAGAAUAACUUUCAACAUCAUAAAUGAAACAAGUGUUCAGUGUUCCAGUCUCUGGAAGUAAUGGAAACCUCAGUAAUUUUGCAAACCAGCAAGAAUUAAACUUGUCAAUAUAAAUAUUAAUGUAGAAAGUGCAUGCAAAACUCGAUACUGCCUCUGACCUUAAGCAUUAAUAUUGAUAAUAUUGGGGAUCUCACAAAUGUUGCGUGUUACAGAACCGCUGUAUUUCUCCUCAGUGUGUACUUCAUCUUCAUUACCGACAGCUACUGCAAAGAGCCAAUCCAUGCCGUAGCUGAGGCGUGGAGAUACAAACUUCCCACAGCAUCAUAAAUACAUGAACAUGUGUGUGUGUUGUGUUAGGAUGAGUAACCACUCCAGCUACAAACUCCUCCAGACCUUGUCUGUAUUUUCAGAGCAGCCUGUGGGAUGGGUUUGGGAGGUCAGCAGCCUGUGUGGAUGCUGCCUGAGAGCGAUCCCAUCCCACAUGGCCUCGGAUCUGGCUUUGGGGGAUCAUCAUGAAGUCAACCCUCACUGGUUUUUAUCUGUGAAAAGUUCCUUGCCAGACUGGGAACUGUAAAGACACGGAUAGUGCGGGUCACUGACCCAGAGCGUGUCUGCAUUGGAGCCUCAGGCAGGACUGUGACAGACAGUUUGUCAUGAUGAUACUGUGCCACCACAUCAGACUUGUUUCCGCUCCACACUGUGGCUUGAUUCAUCCUGCCAUAAUCUCAGCUGGCUAAAAAUUACCAUCCUGGGUCUCCUGUGUAAGUCAGAGGAGGGACAGGAGAGGAGAUGCCUCUGGAAGAUUGUAUGGCAUCAGCUGCCCUGCCACUGAUGAACAGCUGGAAUUAGGUGGGAUGAAUCCAUGAGUUUACAAUUGGCUUAGAUACCUCUGCACAAAAGUGUAUUUAUUUGAGCUUGGUAAGGACAAGAAUAAUGCAGGUUCUUUGAACGUGAAUCUGAGUGGCUUACAGAUGAGUUUCUGAAUUCAAUCUCAAACAUUAGAUUUCUGCCCCAUAGUUGCUCUUUUAUUUUUACUUCAGGUUUUAUGAACAGGUGUAACUUUAACUAACUUGUUGGAAGGUUUACACCUGCCUAGAAAUGCUCACCUUUAUUUGUUAAGUGGGCUCCCUCGUUGCCUGCACCGAUUCAUUUAUUGUAAGCAACACAUGAAGAAACCAUUGCAUAGAUCAAUCAACACCAGCAAUAGCGUAUGCAGCUUUUAAAUUCAGCUGUGAGCUUGGAAUUAAGGUAUUAAUGUUCAUACUUUCCGGGUGUGGCUAAAGAUUCCUUUCCUGAGAGCAUUAAGGAAUAAAUCUAGGAGGUUGUGAUUGAGGAUUGAGAGAAUACAUGUAGCAAUGGCAGUUUAUGUUGUUUUGUUUUCUUUCUGUAAACGUGUGAUAAAUGUAUUGCGAUUUCAUGUGCUGGUUUGGAGAUGAGGGAAUAUCUGGUGCCAAACAGAGCAGAUCUCUGCAGGCAGCUUUACGGUGGGUUGGCAAAGCCUGUUUACAGCAGGUUCCACCUCAGGCCUGCACCGCACCCAUCUCAUUCUAGUUCACUUUGAUACCUUCCUUCACUCGCUGCUGGUACAAAAUCCUGACAGCAGUUGUAUGAGUUUUUGUUGUGAGCUGAGGAACAGGUGAAGUUUAAAAACACAAAUGCUGUAGCUUGCACCUUUCACCUUCGUGGACUGUCCAUGUUCUCACAGCUGAGCUGGGACAGCAGCCGCCUCCACAGUUGCCAUGUAGCUCCAUCCCACAAAAUUGGGUGUCAUUUUUUAUGAGUUUAACAGGAGCAAUAUUGAUCCAUUCGCUUUUUUUGCUAUGUUUUGAAUCACUGAGAGUUGUGUUUUAGGAUGUGCUGGUACAAUCCCUGCCUGCUGUUCAGUGUUUCGAGUGCUGAAGUUAACCAAAAUGUUACCUUCGUGGAUUAUCUCAGCCUCAGCUCUGUGUAAAAAUGGGUAUGAAUUUCCAGUUGCUAUUCCUGGUUUCUCUGUGCAUUCUGAGCCAAAGGUAGAACAGCGGGAAAGAUGGUUGUGGCAGCCACUCAUUGACAGCUUUUCAGAUACGUAAGGCCAUUCUGUCUGUCAUCUGACACUGUUCCAGUUUUUUCACUGGAUCAUCAUGCUGUUGAAUAUCUCGAUGGGUGUUGUCAGCCAGUGGAGGGAAGGUGAAGGAGCUCACCACCCAGGAAGGGUAAAAAUGUAGCAAGUAACAAGCUGUCUUCUCCAGAAGUCAUUUAUUUGUAGUGCUUCACUGUCAGUAACAUUUGUACCUUCAAUUAUUAUUGUACCGUUCAGUAUCUUGAGGUGGUAUGAGCAGAAAUAUAUGAAUAUAUAUAAUUUACAAGACGUAUAGGCUUGUACUGUGCCUUUGUAAUUCUCUUCAGCUUCAGUAUCUAUAUGCUACAAGCAGACAAACUUCCCUCUUUUGGGGUGUUCAUUACUACAACAGUAGCUGAUGGCUUCAUUAAUACUGACUAUUUUAGUCUUCUGGGGCUAACAUUUAUGUUUUUCUGGGUGAAAAUGCCAUAGUGCCCUCAGCAGACGUAAGCACAAUGACAUAACACUGCAGUGCAUGCUGUCUCUUAGCUUCUCUCUACAUGUGCUUGCAUGUUGGAAAUUCAGAAGUGCUGCUGUAUAAAAUUGCUACAUUAUUUACCCAAUACAGGUGUUCUUCUGCAUCCCUUUUUAGCUCAAAACUCCUGUUGUCUUGGAAGUUAGUGAUGGCUCAAAAGGGGGUUUUGGCUGCACAAAGGAUGCAGGGAGCAACUCCUGAGUAGUUUACAGGCUGCUGUAAAUGUCUUUUCGGCAAAGAAAUGUAGCAUUUUAGCUGUAAAUUCAUAGUGAAAACACUGAGCGUGCUUAUCACUUAAGAUUUUAACGGAAAAAAAAGGUGUCAGACUGUGUAAUUUUAUCUCAUCUAACUUUGACACUUAACCAGUUUUACCUGCGUGUUUAUGCUACACCAACCAACACAGACCUGAAAGGUGACAGCCUUGUCUUAGUACUGCAGCUACUCAAGAAGUCGUGGUUUUCCAGAGCUUCUGUUUGGAUUUUUUGUUCCUUUAACACAUUUUCAUUGCAGAGGUAUUUUUCUAUAGAGUUACUUGAGGCUUUCUUUAACCAACGCAAGAGUCUGUAGCCCUCUGCACUGUGAAAGGCAAAGCCCUGUGGGGACACUCGGGCUUCGCGCUUGCCCAGCAAAUUAGCAGAAAUUUCACCCAAGCCAUAAAAGCCUCUUAUGUUAAUCUCUAUUUAUGUAAUUAAAGCAAUUAGGGGUAGGAGCUUCAGGAAUAAUGAGGUGUCUCUAUCAUUCAUUUACUCUCUCUCUGUACUUCCUAGGGAUUUAAGGGUUCUUUUUCCAAGGCUCAGCUGUGUUUCCUCAAACCAGUGCAGUCCAGGCAUUGUGUGAGGUGCAGUUUAUGGAGAUAGCAUUGGAGCGUGAAAGAUUUACUUCUGGUAGCAAGGAAUAAUCUGUGUCCCUGUGGACAUGGACACUUGCAAACAAGUCUGAUACCGAGAAUUAAAAAAAAAAAAAUAAAAAAAUUGAAGAUGGUACCAGUACAUCAGACUCUGUUUUACAGUGGGGUUUUUAGCUUUUGUCAUUUGUAUUUUAUUUUGUGAAAAAGGAGUUGGGGGGAUCUCAGAUCACAUGGGGAAUAUUAGAAGUAUAUCACUCAACAAUCAUUUUAUAAAGUCUAACUUCAAAAUGCACUAUGAUUUAUUACAAAAGUAUAUUUUCUUCUGCUUGCCGACAUGGUGGUUCCAUUUUGUGAUAAGUUAAACUCAGCAGUUAAUUUGUUGCACUGCCUGGCUGCAUGACUUCAUCCAGUGUACAUACGUACCUGUGCAGCAUUACUUUUGGGGUUUGUAUUUGAAUUUGCAGUAUUGAUUAUUAUUUUUGUAUUUUACUUUGCCUCUGUUAUUGGAAUUGUAGUAAACAUAAUUUAUACAUAUGAUUUUACAACUGUUUUGCAACUGAAAAGUCUCCUUUAAAUUGUAAAGUUUUAUUGAUGGAUACUCAUUAAAAUGGUAUAAGAAUUAUAUUAACAAUUGUUUUGUGUUUUGAUGCUCUCUGUACAUAAAUAUAUGUCUAUUUAUCUGUUUAAUGGUGCUUGUGUCUUGCAAUUUUGGAUACAUUUUAGAAUAAAGUUUCAUUUUACAAGAA